CAUCGCUCUCGGAAACGAGGCCUGAAGCAGGACGCCUCCCCGAGCAGUGAAGCAGCCAGAAAGGCCAGACGGAAGAGCCCCCAGUCCCCCGAGGAGCUCCAGGUCCAGCGCUGUCUGGCCAACGUCCGCGAACGCCAAAGGACGGAGUCUUUAAACGAAGCCUUCUCCCAGCUGAGGAAGAUCAUUCCGACGCUGCCCUCGGACAAGCUCAGCAAGAUUCAAACGCUGAAGCUCGCGUGCAGAUACAUUGACUUCCUGUUUCAGAUCUUGCGGAGCGACGAGGCCGAGAUGAAGUACUUCCCGUCCAGCUGCAGCUACAUGGCCCACGAACGGCUGAGUUACGCCUUCAGCGUCUGGCGAAUGGAAGGGGCGUGGCACAUGACAGGGCACUAG